AUCAAAACAGCAUGCUUUCGAAGUUUUUGAUACAGUGCGGUGUGCUUCGGAAUGGGUUUAGUAAUUUUUACAUAAAAUUUAUAGUACUUUUGGUUUGAAUCGGCAACACAUUUGUAGUAAUAGCGAAACAUGGGCCUCACUAAACAAUAUUUGGCCUUCAAACCGGUGGCAAAUUUUAACAUCAUCGCCAGUGGGCGUGCCAAUGUUGCAUUCGUUACCGUCGGUGGCGUGGAUGGCCGAUUUGUGGCCGUAGCUGGAGCUGAGCAGGUUCUGAUUUGGAACACUAGACUUGGUGAAAAGGCGCUAGAGUUUUCGCGGGAUAAACAGGAGGUAACCUAUCUUCGACCGAGUCCCGAUCGUAAACAUCUAGCCGUGGGCUACACAGAUGGCGUUAUUGAAAUAUUCAGUUUUGAAAACAAGCAGUCGGUUUGCACAUUCCCUGCCCAUCGAUCCGCGGUUAGCGCUAUGAACUACGAUCUUAUAGGAUUGAAGCUGGUCACCGGUGGGCUGGACAAUGAUUUGGUUGUGUCGGACGUAGUGGCCCAAAGUGGAAAAUGUAGGUUGAUGGGACACAACGGUGCGAUCACCGAAGCACGUUUUAUGGAGCGAUUUCACGAUGUGGUAGUGUCCAGCUCGAAGGAUACUCAAAUCAAGUUCUGGAACAUUGAAACUCAGAGCUGCUUUAAGACUAUCGUUGAUCACAGGACUGAAGUUUGGGGGAUCGUUUUGAUGCGCAACGAUGAUUUUUUGAUAGCGGGUUCAAACGAUUCGCAGUUAUCCGUUUAUAAGAUUGCAGAAAAUACUUCCAAUCCGGUGGAUGAGCCAACUGGGGAUUUAAGCAAUUUGUUGCUCGAGUCGGAGAGUACAAGCCCGUUCAGAUGCACACAGAUUGGUAACAUCCAGCGAUCAGGAUUUGGUCGAACAAUGAAUUUAGUUGUGGAAAACAACGGACAAAUUCUGGGUUGUCACGGAACCGACAAAAAGAUUGAAUUGUUCUAUUUCUAUAAUGUGGACGAGGCGUUGGCUCGAUUGACGAAGCGUUUGAAAAAAUUGGACGCAAAAUCAAAAUCCGAAGAUGGCAACACCAAUAACAGGACUGCCGAUCGCCAGCUUUCGCUAACCGAUGAGAUCAAACGUCUUCCGACGGUGGCGGUUCCGGAGAAAGUAAAGUCGUUUGACUUGCUGUUGGGAAGCAAUAACGAACUCAGAAUAUGCGUCACCUACGUAAAAAAUUUCAUCCAAAUUUAUACUCUAAAUGUGGCUGAAAAGCAUGCCGAGGCAAACGCUAUCCAUAACAUACGCCAACAAGGCCAUCCGUCCGAAGUUCGCAGCGUGGCCUUCAGCUCGGACAGCUUGGCAAUUGCUUCUGGCAGUGGAGAGUCCUUGAAGCUAUGGAGCAGGGCAUCCCAGUCUUCGUUGAGAACGGUCGAAACAGGAUACGUCAUCAGUACUUGCUUUGUACCGGGGGAUCGUCAUGUUCUGGUUGGUCUGAAAACCGGCCAGUUACUUAUCGUGGAUAUCGUUACGGGAGAAAUUAUUGAGCGAAUAGCGGCCCACGAAAAGGAACUGUGGAGCAUUGUUCUGAUGGCGGACAUGCGAGGUUGCGUUACAGGUGGUGGCGAUACGACUGUCAAAUUUUGGAGUUUCGAACUAAUCGCAGAUCCGACAAAAGACGAUAAGAGUGAGGUCAAAGUUCUUUCCUUGCUGCACAAAAAUGUCCUGAAGCUAGAAGAAACUGUCCUAUGUAUUCGUGUUUCUCAUAACAGCAAAUAUAUUGCAGUAGCAUUGUUGGAUUCUACGGUAAAAAUAUUCUUCCUGGACACGCUUAAAUUCUAUCUGUCACUGUACGGCCAUAAACUUCCGGUCCUUUGCAUGGAUAUUUCGUAUGAUUCGACUAUCAUCGUGACAGGUUCGACUGAUCGCAGCAUCAAAAUCUGGGGUAUGGACUUCGGCGAUUGUCACCGAUCUCUCAUCGCGCACGACAAUUCGGUUAUGGGCCUUCAAUUCAUCCCCAAGACACAUCUAUUCUUUUCCUGCGGUAAAGAUGGAAAACUCAAACAGUGGGAUGCAGAUAGCUUCGAAAAAAUCAUAACUCUUCCAGCACACGUUGGGGAAGCACACAGUCUUGCUGUCAGUCCCAAUGGGAAGUAUGUCGUCAGCUGCGGUUCCGAUCGAACUCUUCGUUUAUAUGAGCGCACCGAUGAGCCCCUCGUACUCCAAGACGUACAAGAAGAAGAACGAGAGGAGCUGGAGAACAACACUCUUGCCACUGGAGAAGAUUCUGCAGUGCCUGGCCUUCCCGGUCUGAAGCUGCCUUCCAAGAAAACAAUAGGAUCGGAGAAGGCUGCCGAAAAUAUUCUCGAAUGUUUAGAAGUGAGCAAAAAAUUCGAAGAAGAGGAAACCAAGAGCAUUAUACCGCCGUUGAUGUACGCCUACGAUGCCACCAACACCGAUGAUUUUCUGUUGGCAGUGCUCACGCGUAUUCGCGCCAGCGACUUAGAAGAGGCUCUUCUACUGCUACCUUUCUCCGCCGUGUGCGAGCUGCUCGAGCGGAUUCCACAGCUCGCCGAGACCCGAAAAGAUCAAACCGAAAUCAUAUGCAAAGUAGUUCUCUUCCUGUUCAGAAUUCAUCAGAAACCGAUUGUCAACAAUCAAAUUUUGCUACCGGUUAUCCAGAAUAUCAUUGAUAAGCUGCAGGGAGCGAUCGUUGAGCUUCGGAACAUGAUAGGAGUUAACUUCCACGGAAUGCAAAUGCUGCAGAGCGAAGUGGAAGCCAACCAGGGGAUAGAGCUGUUCCGGGACGCCACCAAAAGCCGACGGCAAAAGGAUAUGCGCCGCAAGAGGAAGGAAGCGGCUGCCAAGCGAACGUUUGUACAAAUAAGCACUUAGAUAGUAAUGAUCGUUUUGGAAUAAAUGAAGAUAUCUAAGAGUUUAA